AUGAAGCUGAACUUGUCAUUGUGGCUCGUGGCUCUGCUCGGUGUCCUCCCCCCUCCCUCUGCUCACUGUGGACCCACUGUCGCUCCUGCCGGUCCCCGCCUCCCCCGACCGCUGCUCCUCCGCCUGGGGGAGGAGUUCUCCCUGCAGCUGGGUGGAGGUGGACUCUCCUCCCCUGUUGCUGCUCCAGACCUCCUCAUCUCCUCCUCCUCGGGGGUGAACCAGGCUCUGCUGCAGCUCACACAGCGCCUCCUGCAGCUGGAGCAGCAGCAGCAGGAGGAGGAGGAGGAGGUGGUGGAGGAGGAGAAGGGGAAGAGGUCCGAGGAGCCUCCCAUCUCUCUGGACCUGACCUUCCACCUCCUCAGGGAGGUGCUGCAGAUGGCCCGGGCAGAGCAGAUGGCCCAGCAGGCCGACAGCAACCGCAGGAUGAUGGACAGCUUCGGAAAAUAA